AUGGUCUUCCUGUCCAUUGAAUUCUCUAUUGGUAGGCACGGUGGCGGUACCCAUCAAUGGGACCUGUCAUACAAAGAUGUCCAGUACAAUCGGCGAUACUCCAACUACGGAGACAUAAUCUACAGCCUGGCGUUGUUCUUCACAAAGCUCUCGAUCAUGCUGCUCAUUCUCCGAAUCUUCUGUUCAGUGCAGCGAGACGUAGGCUACCGGCUAACCCAAUUCCUCAUCGCGGUGAACGGCAUCUUUUACAUCGUUUACGCUUUCAUCCCCAUCUUUCUGUGUUUUCCACGCAGCAAGAUUUGGAGCCCGGAAGCAGCUGGGCACUGUCUCGACGUCAACGACCUGUAUCUUGCCUCCGCCAUUUUCAACGUACUUUCGGAUAUAGCGAUGCUGAGCCUGCCAAUCUAUCUGAUUUGGAACUUGCAAAUGUCGACGCGGCGCAAGAUCGGACUGUCUGCUAUUUUCCUGACCGGCGGGCUGGCCUGCAUUGCCAGCAUACUACGCUUGAUCUAUCUCGUCCCCCUCACCCGCACCAAAGACUACACCUAUACUAAGAUCAAGUCUAUUCUAUGGGUAGACGCGGAGAUCGCCUGCGGCCUGCUUUGCAGCUGCCUCGUCGUAUUGCCUCGUCUCUAUCAACACCUCAGCUCCGUCGCCCCGAAUGGCCGUAAUGGCGGCUUGACGCACGGCAUGGCCGAUCAAUCCACCAGGGUCAAUGCCCCAAGUCGGAGAUUGAGAAGUCAAUGGGUUCAUCUGGACGGAAUGGGUUCGCCCCAGAGUCCUACUCAGGCUCACAAAGUAGGGCGCAAUGGUACCGACGAGGAAGCGCUUGAGAAUGCGGUUGAAGGGUAUUGA